AUGAGCUUAAAGAGUCAUUCUCAGUUUUGGCAAAUAGGAAGGAUUCCAGGCCGGACAGAUAACGAGAUAAAGAACUACUGGAACACUCACCUGACCAAGAAGCUGAUUAGCCAAGGCAUUGAUCCAAGAAACCACAAGCCUCUACUCGUAAACCCUACCAAUUCCAACAACCCCAAAAACCAUACCACCUCUUCCUCAGUUCCCAUAAUCAAACCCACACCCAUUCACGUUGGUCUUUCCAACCAAGACAAGACAGUGAAGAUCAAUAGCAGUGCUACUGUUAACGUUGGAGGGACGACGGCGAAUCAUCAGAUUGAUCAGCCCAACAGCGUGGGAGGGACGACGGCGAAUCAUCAGACUACUGGAAAUGGGGAUGAGGGCUUUAAUAUCGAUAUCGGAGACGACAAUGAGGAUAAUUUUGGGAUGAAUUUUUGCCCGGACGAGGAUGCGUUUUCGACGUUCUUCGAUUCUUUGAUGAACGAGGAUGUGUUCAUCGCUGCUGCCCAAAACAACCAACAAUCUAAUCAUCACGGCAUUACCCCCCUGCCCUCAACUUCUGAAAAUAAUAAUAAUCAGAUUCUGAAUCCUUUCCAACACAUGAACUUCCCCUUCAGUACUGCAGGAUGGGUUGAUGAUGAUGAUGAUGAUUUUCUACCAUGA